GCUGCAGCAGCACAGAGCUGGAUUGGGAAACAAGGAGCGGCAGCUUUCUUUCAGUCAAACUGCACCGGGCUGAGCGGUGAGGAGCAGCGGGGUCAGCGGGCUCUUAACUUUGGACUACUGAACACAUCUGGACCGCACUGCAAUGCUGCUGCAGGGAUCAUACAGCGCUGUCUGUGCUGCAUUUUUGUUUCAUUUUUAUUUUCUGGAGUCACCUCUGGUGCUCACCUUCAACCUGGACACCAGUCAUGUCAUCAAGAAAAGCGGAGAGCCGGGGAGUCUGUUCGGGUUUUCUCUCGCCAUGCACCGGCAAGUCAACCCGGAUAAAAUAAUGCUGCUGAUCGGUGCCCCGAGAGCCAGAGCUUUAGGAAAACAGAAAUCCAACAUCACAGGAGGGCUUUAUAAAUGUGAAAUCUCUAAGUCCAGUGAUUGUGAGCGCAUUGAAUUCGAUAAUGAAGAGGAUGUACGUAUUGAGAACAAGGAGAAUCAGUGGAUGGGGGUGACGGUUCAGAGCCAGGGACCUGGGGGAAAGAUUGUGACAUGUGCUCAUCGCUAUCAGAGGCGCUUGUUUGUGAACACCCCUCAGGAGUCCCGUGACAUCACUGGACGCUGCUAUGUGCUGAGUCAGGACCUGACUAUUGACUCGUCCUCUGAUGAGGACGGAGGUAGCUGGAACUUCUGUGAGGGCAGAGCCAGAAGCCAUGAGAUGUUUGGAUCUUGUCAGCAGGGUUUGGCUGCCACCUUCACCAAGGACUACCAUUACGUGGUGUUUGGAGCACCAGGAGCUUACAACUGGAAAGGCAUUGUGCGAGUGGAGCAAAAGAACAACACUUUGCUGGAGAUGGGAGUGUAUGAUGACGGCCCAUAUGAAGUUGGAGAUGAGCAUCUCUUGAACCCUGAGCUGGUGCCUGUUCCUGCCAACAGCUACCUCGGGUUCUCCCUUGAUUCGGGACACAGCAUUACCAGGGGUCGUGGCCUCACGGUGGUGGCUGGAGCGCCCAGAGCCAAUCACAAUGGAGCAGUGGUCCUGUUGAGGAAAGAGAGGGAGGCCUCUACCAGACUCUCUGUGGAGCACACUCUGCAUGGACCAGGACUGGCAUCCUCCUUCGGAUACGAUGUGGCAGUAGUUGACCUGAAUGGUGAUGGAUGGCAGGACAUAGUUGUAGGAGCCCCUCAGUUCUACAUGAAGGACAGAGAUGUAGGAGGGGCUGUUUAUGUCUAUAUCAACAAGGCAGGAAGGUGGGAAAAGAUCACUCCUAUCCGUCUGAAUGGGACCAAAGACUCGAUGUUUGGACUGGCAGUGGAGAACAUUGGAGACAUCAAUCAAGACUCAUAUAAAGACAUUGCCAUCGGAUCUCCUCAUGAUGACAGCGGGGCAGGAAAAGUCUACAUUUAUCAUGGCUCUGUACAAGGGAUCAACACCAGUCCUGCACAGAUCCUUUCAGGAAAAGAGCACAACCUCCGAUUCUUUGGUUAUUCUCUGGCAGGAAACAUGGACCUGGACAGUAAUUCUUAUCCAGACCUGGCUGUAGGCUCUCUGUCGGACACAGCUCUAAUUUACAGGGCACGGCCAGUCAUUAGCAUCAGGAGAGAUGUCAAAAUAUCUCCACAGGAAAUCGACCUUACAAUCAAAACCUGCGGUAACAGCAUUUGCUUCACCGUUGAGGCUUGCUUCACCUACACGGCAAAUCAUGCAUCCUACAGCCCUAAACUAACUAUCAGCUACUCUGUCGAGGCAGAUGGAGAUCGAAGGAAACAGGGGCUGCCCUCCAGAGUGACGUUUGAGAACAAAUCCCGCACUGACACAGACUACCAAUUUAACAGCACCAUAGACCUUCGUGGCCAAAAGCAGGCAACAUGCAUCAAGAUAAAAGCCAAACUUAAGGACAACAUUAAGGACAAGAUGCGAAGCAUUCCCAUUGAGGUGUCUGCAGAAAUUCUGGGUACAAAGCGACAGAAGACGACAAAGAAUGGCCUCCCUCAGCUUAUGCCUAUAUUAGACUCCUCUCAACCAAGCAAAGAAGUCAUUGAGGUCAACUUUGUAAAAGAGGGGUGUGGAAGUGAUCAUAUUUGUCGUAGUAACCUGAAGAUGGAAUACAAAUUAUACUACAAACAAAACAAAAUGCACUCCCCACUGCCCAUCAAGAACAAUAUUCCUGUGUUUCAUCUGAACUAUGAGAGGAAGGACUUGGCUCUGCAGGUGACAGUGAAAAACAUGAACGGAGAUGAUGCUUAUGAGGCAAAGCUGGUGGGGACUUUCCCAGAUGCACUGUCAUAUUCUGGGGUCCGCCCACAUCAAUCAAUGGUGGAAAAGGUGGUCAUCUGUAAUGCCAAUCAGAAUGGCUCUCAAGCAGACUGUGAGCUGGGAAAUCCUUUUAAGAGAGACUCGGAGACUACAUUUUACAUCAUCCUGAGCACCGUGGGUAUGUCUCUUGACACGACAGAGAUUGACAUUGACCUGCAGCUCCAAACGACCAGUGUGCAAGAAAACGUUGCCUCUGUGAAAGUAAAGGCUCAAGUGAUCAUUGAAUUGCCAUUGUCAGUCAGUGGGGAGGCCAGCCCGAAUCAGGUUUCCUUUGGAGGUGUUGUGAAAGGAGAAAGUGCCAUGAAGACAGAAGAAGAGAUUGGAAGCUUGAUUAACUAUACAUUUAGAAUAAACAACUUGUGGAAGUCUUUGAAGUCUCCCGUUAAGGCCUCACUACACAUUCAGUGGCCCAAAUUCAACAAAGAUGGGAAAUGGCUUUUGUACCUGGUGAAGGUCACUGCUACAGGACGGGAGGAUAUCCAUUGCUCUCCUGAGUCUGAGAUCAACUUUCUCAAACACAUCCAGAAGUCCACGGUGUCCCGUACAAAACGGGAAAUUGAGAGAAAACAAAGAAAAACUGGGAGAAAAAAGUCUUCUCUGUCAGACAAAAAUAAAGUUUUGACAUGUGAGAAUGGGAUCAAAUGUGUGGUGCUCAAGUGCCCCCUGCAGGGCCUGGACGGUACAACAAUUGAGCUGAGGUCUCGUCUGUGGAACUCAACCUUUAUUGAGGAUUAUGCCUCUGUUUCGACUUUGCAUAUAGUUGUGAAGGCCUCGCUCAUGCUUCAUGCUCAGGCUGAAAACAUGAUCCUGACAACUCCUGACACUGAUGUGACAGUGGCAGUGUCCCCAGAAAGGGAAGUAGCACAGUAUGGAGGAGUUCCCUGGUGGAUCAUACUGGUAGCUGUUCUUGCAGGCAUCCUGAUUCUGGCUUUGUUGGUGUUUCUGCUCUGGAAGUGUGGAUUCUUCAAACGCUCCAAACAAGAUAGCAGCGUCCCUCGUUACCACGCAGUGCGGAUAAGAAAGGAAACUCCUGAGUAUAAGGAUGGAAAAGUCAACCAUGAUCCUUUUGAGAAAAAGCAGUGGAUGACAACUUGGAUCGACAACGAAAGCUACUCAUGACUCAUUUCUCUGUUCAAAUGAUUUUUGCAUCUGGGGGUAACCAUUUUUUUCUUAAAGUGUUGAGGCACAAAUACACUGAACUUUGUUUGUUGUUCCUUUGGUGAACAUGAUGCUCAGUGAUUUAACUGGGAACUAGUUGAGUUCACAUCUUUGAAUGUUUACACUGUAUAAAUGAUGACCAUUUUUGUAUAUAUUUAAAUACUUAAUGCACACUGUAUAUUUAUUUUUUUGAAGAAAAAUUUUUUUUCAUGCCACCAAAGAUCUUUUUGUAGUCUUAUGUCUGCCCCGGAGUAGAACAACGAAGGGCAAAGUUUACUACUGUUUUUAUGAAGUUGUACUGUCUUAAAGUCUAUGCAAGGAAGGUACAGCUAGCUCAGUGUAAUAUGAAUGUACAUCACAAUACAUUUUUAAUUUCUCUUAUGCAUCUAGUUGUAGUACUUUCCAAAUUAAAUACUUCUGUCCACCUUAGAACGACAUUAAGGUACAUUAUCAUGUCACUAUAAUUAAUAGUGUACGAAUGACCACGACUGACUCUAAAUGCUUGUGCAGGUUGUUUUUCACAUCACAUCUUCUCACUAUUGUGACGUUCAGGUAGCAUCCACUGUAUUGUAGGUCAUCACUGAUGUGUUUUUGUUCCAUGUGAGGAAUCCAAAGGGAAGAUGUAAACUGAAAAGUAUGUUUCAUAGAUUUAAUUCAAAACCAAUGUCUUGUUGACGUUGUCAAUUAUAAUAAAAUGCUUAAAAACUGA